GGUCCUGCAGCCACCCGCGCCAAAGGGUCUCCUCCUCGGCGACGUCCAUGGAUACUUCCCGUCCAUAACCCCACCUCUUCGUGCUGCCUCUGACGUGACUGGGCUUGGGCAUCCUUGCUCGUAUCUAGCCUCGCACACCACUUUGAUUACACUUUGUGAGUUGUCUGACUACGCCGAUUGACACAUCUGCUCCCAGAAUGACGAGCCCCGCCUUUCACGCUCUGCGCGAAAAGUACGCUGCCGGACUGAGACACUUCAUUGCAUCGACCCGGAGCCUUGAGGUUCUGGCUUCCGUCCCCUCCGAGCGCCACGAUCCUCCUGCCAGUGACGUCCUAUAUGUGCUCGACUCGUCCUUCAACCCGCCCACUCUUGCCCACAGCAGAAUCGCGACGUCCGCUCUUCUAGAAAACCCCCACAAGCCUGCACGCCUCUUGUUGCUUCUUGCCACGCAGAAUGCCGACAAGCCCUCCAAGCCGGCCUCAUUCGAGGACCGUCUCGUGAUGAUGGAGCUGUUCGCUCGAGAUCUGCUCUCGUCCUUACGGACCAAUGAGUCCAUCCCGGUGGCCCGGAACCUUCCCGUGAUCGACAUCGGUGUCACCAAGAAACCGUACUUCGUGGAUAAGGCGGCGGAAAUUGAGCGCGCGGGUAUAUACCCCCAGCCACUCGAGCAGGUCCAUCUGACGGGCUAUGAUACGUUGAUCCGCAUCUUCAACCCUAAGUACUACCCGCCGGAGUAUACCCUCCAGCCUUUGGGGCCAUUUCUGUCCCAGCAUCGGCUGAGAGUCACCAUGCGUCCGGAUAGUGACUGGGGCAGUCGAGACGAGCAGGAGGCGUUCAUGGCCGACCUGGCACAGGGAGGUCAAGACCAUGUGGGUGGCAAACGGCAAUGGGCUGAACGCAUCAAGCUCGUCGAAGGCAAGAAGCCUGGGGCGCAGUCGGUAAGCUCGACAAGAGCUCGGGAAGCUGCCGUAACGAACCCGCAAGAUCUCGAGUGGCUGGUCCCUCCCAGUGUCCGCGAUGCCAUCCUUGCUGAACGGCCAUACACGGAGUGAUGACGGCAAUAAAAGAUGCAACAUUAAUCGUGCAAGGGCCGGCCAGAGGAUGAGUGAGAGUCGGUCGCUCAGAUUUUAUAUACUAUACACAUAGCUCAUGUAGAGACACCGUCAUGAA